GAAGCUGCUAGCAGAGCUAGCUUGUUGUUCUGGUGUGUGAGGAGAAUAUUUGAGGCUCUGCAGUAAAAAUGUCUUCACUUCAGUCUCUGGGAGAGUUGAUCAGCUAAAGCGACUAACUGCUGCUGCAGAAAUCUUCUCACCAGGCUGUGGAAACUUUCUUCUCCUCCUCAACAACUUGGUGGAGUUCUUUCCAGAACCGGAGAAGAUAUUCUGCGGUCUUCGUGACAAUCGGAGCUCCAGAAUCAGGUUGUGGAUUGAAGAGGUUCCCUCUUUCAGACUCGCUCAUCUGAGUUGGUCAUGAUGCAGGAUCGCUGCUCGCUCUCUGAUCCAUCCUGCUCACACUCUCCGACGGAAAAGCCCCGAAUCUGAAUGUGACUCUGGAGGAAAAAGCGGUUAGCUCUACUCCGUGAACUCUGCUGUUAGCUAAACACGGCUAAAGAAAACCUGCUACCACUUCAGGAUCUGGGACUGAUUCAUCGGGUGUUCUUCACCACCUGGACCUGGACAGCAUGGACACAGAUGUUCAACAGAUGGCGCUGGUAAAAGAAGAAACUCCUGAUGAGGAGAGUGUCUGUGUGAACCAGCGGGAUGCAGAACACCCCCCCAUAAAGGAGGAACAGGAGGAACUCUGGACCAGUCAGGAGGGAGAUCAUCUCCAUUUGAAGGAGGAGGCUGAUGCUGCUGGGUUUUCAUUCACUGCUGUUUGCAUAUGGAGUGAAGAUGAUGAAGAGAAACCUCUGUUUUCACAGCUUCAUCAGCAGCAAAUAGAAUACAGAGGUGUUCCAACCAGCAGCUCAGCUGACCAGAUGACAGCAGAGACUUGUGGAGGAGAAGAAACUAGCUGGAACCCAGACCUGAACCCUCAUGAACAGCCGUCUGAUUCUUCAGAGACUGAAGUUAGUGGAGAUGAUGAAGAGAGUGAUGUGAAUCUAGACUCUGAGCUAUCAGACACUGGGUUUGAAACUGAUAAUGACGGCAAUGACUGGAAUGAGAGUAGGCCUUCUGAAUCAAAUUUUAAGAUUGUCGACAAAUUCUUUAGCUGCCCUGAGUGUGGUAAAUAUUUUCUCCACAAGAGGGCUCUCUUGAAACAUGUGAGAGUAACAGGUCAUUCAGCAAUAGGGUCUUCAGGCUGUUUAGUUAAUAAAAAAUGUCUUCGAGUGAAGACACGUGUAGACUCUUGCAGGAAAGUCCCGACAGAACCAAAAUCAUUCAGAUGUGAUGACUGUGGAAAAAUAUUAAGAAGAAAAUCACAUUUGACUGACCACAUGAGAGUCCACACAGGAGAGAAACCUUUUACCUGUGAGGUCUGUGGAAAAACAUUUAGCCGAAAAUCGAUUUUAAACAUUCAUAUGAGAGUCCACACAGGACAGAAACCUUUUGCCUGUGAGCUCUGUGGAAAAACAUUUAGCCGAAAAUCGAUUUUAAACAUUCAUAUGAGAGUCCACACAGGACAGAAACCUUUUCUCUGUGAGCUCUGUGGACAAAGAUUUAGCCGAAAGGAAAAUUUAAACGACCACAAAAGAGUCCACACAGGACAGAAGCCUUUUGCUUGUGAGCUCUGUGUGCAAACAUUUAGCCAAAAAACACAUUUAAAUUGUCACAUGAGAGUCCACACAGGACAGAAACCUUUUGCCUGUGAGUUCUGUGGGCAAAGAUUUAGCCAAAAGUCAACUUUAAACAACCACAUAACAGUCCACACAGGACAAAAACCUUUUGCCUGUGAGAUCUGUGGCCAAAGAUUUAGCCGAAAGGAACAUUUAAGCAGCCACAUAAGAGUGCACCCAGGACAGGAACCUUUUGCCUGUGAGCUCUGUGGACAAAGAUUUAGCGAAAAGACACAUUUAAACAGUCACACAAGAAACCACACAGGACAGAAAACGUUUGCAUGUGAGCUCUGUGGAAAAACAUUUAGCCAAAAGUCUUCUUUAAACAUUCAUAUGAGAGUCCACACAGGACAGAAGCCUUUUGCCUGUGAGCUCUGUGGAAAAACAUUUAGCCAAAAGUCUUCUUUAAACAUUCAUAUGAGAGUCCACACAGGACAGAAGCCUUUUGCCUGUGAGCUCUGUGGAAAAACAUUUUGCCGUAAGUCUUCUUUAAACAUUCAUAUGAGAGUCCACACAGGACAGAAGCCUUUUGCCUGUGAGCUCUGUGGAAAAACAUUUAGCCGAAAAUCGAUUUUAAACAAUCAUAUGAGAGUCCACACAGGACAGAAACCUUUUUUCUGUGAGCUCUGUGGACAAAGAUUUAGCCGAAAGGAAAACUUAAACAGACACACAAGAGUCCACACAGGACAUAAAGAACUUAUAUUACUACAAGAUCACUAAAUGAGAUCCUUGUAGUUUUUACAUCCUAGAUGUCAGUCUUGUACUUCUGGUGGCAGUUCUUUACUCUUGAUCAGGGCCACCUACAACCCACCAGCCAAGCCAACUUUAUUUAUAUAACACCUCACAACAGUACAAAACUGACCAAAGUGCUUCACAGAAUUGAAACACAUUAAAACAAUGCACAACAUAAAAAUUAAAAACUGGAACUAAAAGACUCAUUUUGAGUUAAAAGCCAAAGUGUAAAAAUAGGUUUUCAAAAGAGAUUUAAAGCCAGACAGACAAAAUGCUGACCUAAUAUACAAAGGCAGUGCAUUCCAGAGCCUAGGAGCUGCUACAGAAAAAGCCCUGUCACCUCUGAGUUUACGUCUCGUUCUUGAGACUUCCUGGAGCAGCCUGUCAGCCGACCUCAGAGGGGAAUGAAAAACCAAUAGCUCAGAGAGGUAAUCUGGAGCAAGGCCAUGCAGAAAUUUAAAAGCCCGUAAAAGUACCUUGUACUGGAUUCUAAAAUGAACAGGCAGCCAGUGCAGUGUAGCCAAGACAGGAGUAACAUGCUCCAUCUUUCUCUUCCCAGUGAGCAAACAUGCAACUGCAUUCUGCACCAACUGAAGACGUGAAAGGUUUGACUGAGUAACGCCAACGUACAAGGAAUUACAAUAAUCAAGCCUCGAUGCAAUAAAAGCAUGAAUUACUGUUUCAAAAUCCUUUUUUGACAGCAUAUUCCUAACCUUGGCGAUCCUUCUUAGCUGAUAAAAAUUUGAUUCAGUCACUGCACUGAUCUGCCUGUCCAAACCACAGCUACCGGCCACUUGUUUCUUCCCUGCUAGCCACAUAUUGUAGUGUAGGAAUGGGCAAUAUGGCCUAAAAUCAAUAGAGAAAUGGUACCUCCUUUCCCCCACUCUAAUGCAUGGAAAAAUUAAAAAGUUGGCAACCAUGUAGACAAAUAUGAAGUUAUUAAUACUUGUUUGCGGCACUCUUCAAACGUCGCUCAAGUUUAUCGUUUUUGUUCCCUACUACGUCCUUUCGGUCUUGGGAUCCAAGGUAAUUUUUUUCAUGGGGCCCAAAAUCCCUGGUGGAGCCCCUGACCAUCACUGUCGUACAUGAAUUAAAAGUUUUGCAGACAUGUUUGUUUCUGUUUAGCUACUGCAUGCUUAUGCAGUCCGAAGGAUACUAGGGACAAGCGACUCUGCACACAGUGUGCCUGUGGCAAAAGAUGAGUGACUGGUAUGAUUGGCAGUGAAAGGCAUUGAUCAGAAUUUGCUGAUCACAUAUUUGUCACAAAGAUUGGCCAAUAAUGAUCAAUGGCCGGUUGAUAGUGGGUGGUUUCGCUCAGAUUAUUUAUCUAAUCUGAUUGCGGUAACAAGACUGGUCUGGAUAGCUAAAACUGUACUUGGGAAUUUUUUGUGGUAUUUAAGUGGUUUAAUGUAUGUCUGUUUUUAUUGCUUUGUUUAUAUUGGUGUACAGCACUUUGUUUGUCCUUUUGGACGUAUGAAAGCACUGUAUUAAUAAAGUUGAUUUGAUUUGAUCAGAACAUCCCUACUUUUCACACGUCUUGCGAAUUGAGACCGUGAAAAAUGUCUGAAAAUAUGGCCUCCUACAGUAAACAUUUUACCAUCUUACCGGCUGUGAUACCAGAUUUCCUGUCUUCUAAAUGUGCUUGUGCCAGGUCCUCCUUUGUUCUGUUAAUUCUACUAGGUACUAAACUAUCUGUGAAUAAGCAUGAUUGUAUCACGUUAUUAUGUUAUCUUCUGUUAAUGUUGGUGGUUUGUCUUCAGUUACAUACAGAAAUGGUUCUUUGGUGGUGUCAGCAAUGAAAAACGUUUGGAAAGACACCGAGCAGGUGGUGUCUUUAUUAAAUGCAUUCAUAGAUAUUUCCGGUUUGCUCAUGGAUUCCCAAAAGAACAAAACAAUGAAUGCAAGUCAACGGGGCUAAAAGAGCUAUGUUGUACUGCAAUUUAAAUGAAAACUAAUUAUGGCUGUUUCGACCACACCAGUCACGUACUUUGAGAUUUGUCAGCUUGUAAAUGUUCGUAAUUAGCGUGACUACAAGCCAGACAUUGGCACGCUGCAUAUAUGACAUUACCACAGAAUCUAGCAUAGCUGCUGCUUACCGCAUGUCCGGAUUUAUGGUGGUUUCUACCUCCUGAAGGAAGGAUUUCAAGUUUGCUAAGCCUACAGCCAUUUUCCCUCUGUUUUUGUCCGUGUCUGGUUCAAUAAGGUCACUUUCGUGAAGCGCA